UUUAUGUUCGACCCUGUUUAUGUACAUAUGUAUGCGGAUUCAAGUAUAUUUAAAUAUGCCUACCAACUGUUGACCAACUCUGAGCAACACAGCAAGUUAAGGGAGUCAGUCUUCUGACCGUUCCUAACUCUACCUCCACACUUAAACCUAGUGCCAUGCUUCACAACCCAAUUGACCAUCGGCAUUUCCCGAACACUUGAGCAUUCGGUGUGACCGCGGUUCGUUAUUGCGAGACCUUUGUGUUUUGGCCAUUUGGUGUCCGAUAGUCGUAGUGUAUGCCCGCAAUUAGACUUCAAUUGCUAUACCAACGGCAACGGAUAACGUGUUAAUAUACGGUGAGCGCGUUGAUUCAUUUAGUUCCGUACAAUGUCGGUGAAAUAGAAUUCGCUUUGACACAAGCAAAAACUCGUGUAUCGAUUAACUGUGCCCAACUAAGUGACCUAUGACCUUUAAUUGUAUGUGUUUAAAUUUUUAUUAAUAAUAAAAAUACAAAAUAAAAUGAGCUCUAUUUGAAGUGUGCAAUAUGUUUAAAACUUUGUGUGCCGAUCUAAGUGAUUUUAAAAAGUUUAAAAAAUAAUUGGGUAGUUCUGUCAGAAAAUUAUGAAAUUUGACGGCCAACAAAAUGCCACAAGUCCUGAGCACUCUCCUCCAGAUUCUUCUAUAGCAGAAAAGCCUUGCCCUUACCUUGACUCUGGACCCAACAACAAUUCCAACACCACAACAAUUCCAAUUCUCAAUGAAAUCGAUAUAGGCUCAACAAAUUCCAUAAGACCGGAUCUAGAGAGCAAUUUUAAUACCACAGCACGUCCUCGAAAUUUCUCAUUCGCCAGCACCUACCGACCGAACAUCAACACUUUCAAUAACGAGAUCGACAAUUCUCAAAAACUAGAUAUAUAUCCUUAUAAGCCUAUUACUGCCUUUACCGUCGUUAACAGCGAAGAUAAGCCUAACGCAAUUGUGCGCCCGAUACGUCGUUUCGACAAUCCGAAGUUGGCGUUGUCUGGUUAUCAAGAUGUUACAAAUGGAGAAGGUAUUCUAUGGUCACAACAGCGGGAUUAUCACCUAAAGGAUAAUUUAAACUGCACCACAUCGAAGAAAAUGGCCCAUUUUUCUUUGGUAAGACCAACCAUAGAGAGUACUGAGCAGUUAAGAGCCAAACUAAAUCGAAAGCUACAUAAUUUGCAUGACGCAGCUGGUCAAGAGGCAUGGACCAAGUCUAGACACUCCUCAAAUGCAAGUCAACAUGAUAAUGUUGUUAAACGACCCCUCUUCAUCACUACAGUACCCACCGGUAUUUUCUUGCCACCUCCGAAAGAGCCGCCGUUACCUUGGUUUCUAAAGCCUCACCUAUAUGCAUAUUCCUCACAUCCAGUAGUACUGGCAAGUGGCAGUGCCGCAGCAUUCGACGGCAAUAAUGACAAAAUUCAGAAUAGCUCCGUUGCGUCAGCAAAGAUCUCCGCUUGCGAUAAAGUAUUGUCGCCAAACCAAUUAAAAAGUAUAAGUGCUAACUCUAAAGCGAAUACUAUUUCGAGUACCACUCUAAACCGAUCUACGAAUGUUAUUGCCACGACAACAAAUGGCUUACGGCGUGGUCAACCAUCCCCUCCAUCCCGAUAUUCUUUGACGGGUGGUGUAAGCCUCACCAAACAACAAUUUCGAGAACAAAUUGAACAGCGUCGUGCAAAAAGAGAUAUUCCUCCACAAACUUACCGCAAUGUAAUGUAUGACCGUCGAGUAAUACGUGGAUCCGUAUUUGGUACGCAGCAACUCUUGGAAAACUCAGAUCCUUUCGAUAAAGCGGCUGAGAUUCGUCGGCGCCAUGCCAUAAGGAAACAGAAGGUAUGCCGAAAUCAACGUAAUAUACUUGGAACUCCACCGCCCGUUAACGGUCGGCGGCAUGAAGUUAUUCAAACUGAAAAAUAUUUGGAAGAAUUGGUACAGCGUCCUCCGGAAUUCUCCGUAGACACACAGACCGAUUUGUUCCUCGAAAAACCACCUGAACCACCUUAUAUCCCGUCCAAAGUGGGUGUUGAUGCUGCUACUGAAAUUGCCGACGGAGAACUUUUCCACUUUGAUGCUGAGGCUCAACCAAUUAUCGAUAUACUUGUGGACGCUUGUAUCGAACAAAGCAUGUUGGAGGUUGCACAUGAACAAGAGAUUGCUGAACUUCGUCGAAAACAAGCCGAAUUCAUUGCCCAACGAGAAGCUGAAUUGGCUGAACUUCGUCGCCUUGAAGCCGAGGAAUUACGGUUACAAGCCGAAAAAGAGCGCCGUUUACAACAGGAUACAAUAGCCAAAGAAUUAGAUGAAGAAAUGCAGAAGAGUGUAACUGCUGCAAAAUUAUUGCAAGGCCAUAUUGCUGGUUUACUACCUGAGGUUUUGGACAACCUUGAACCAGCAACGGACGCAGCAAAGAAGGAACAUCUAAUGAAAACCAUCGCACCUUGGUUAACCCUUGAGGUAGCAGAGGAGGUUGGUCAUAUCGUGGACUCCCGUGAGAUACUCACCGCCAUCAUUCAGGAGAUCAUCAAACAGCGUGCAACCGCUUACGCAGGUUACAAAGAAGAAAUGCCGCUGGAAACAGUAAUAGAACGUGGUGAAGAUGAUUUGAUGGAAGAGGUAACAAAAGAAGAAAUAUGUACAUGUGAGUCAAGUGAUAUUAGCAGCGAUAAAUGUGGCGACAUGUCAAAGAAAGUGUGAUCAAAACUGAAAUUUGUUUACUGUUAAAUGAUUUACUUACUCUCUAAAAUUUAUGUUUUAACGAAACAAUUUGAAAUGAAAAAUUAGGAUUUUCAUUUACAUGCAUACAAUGCGGUUGGAUUAAAAUUUGCGCGUAAACAAAUAGGUGUGGCACUCAGCAACAUCAAACAAAUAUUGAAAUUCAUUCAAAAUUAUUUUGAAUUUGUUUACGAAUGCUGCUGACGCCGAAGUACAUCGCUCGUUAGCGAAUUUUGUAAAUAGAGAAAGCACAAAUGUUAAUUAACAAAUUACAGCAACUCUAUGGGGCGCUCUUCAAUUCAUUUUAAAUUUUUACGCGUUCUCUCGUAGUGUUACCACGAUGUUGGUUAACAUUUGUGCCGCCUUUAUUCUUAAAAUUCUCUUGUCGUUUAUGUAAAAUCUAAUAUGAAGCUGUCGCAUUAAAAUAAAAAUGUUGCUUUUAAGCACUGUUUAUUUCUUAUAUACUUAAAUAUAUGUUAUAAUUAAAUAAUA